AUGCUCGUCAACACUCUUGUCGCCGUCGCGGCGGCGCUCGCGACCGGCGUUGCCGCUGGCCCCAACCACAUGGAGAAGCGCACCUUCUGGGGCGGCAACGGCCAGUCCAGCAUUUCGUGUGCUAACGGCUGGAUCGCCAAGUUUGCUGGUGGCGCCUGUGUCAACUCAGACAACCACUUCACCAGCGUCCCCUCGGGCCAGAACUGCCCCAUCGGCUGGAGCUGGCACAAGCGCAAGGGCUGCUGCGUGCCCCAGCGCGAGUCGCAGGAGUGCGACUGUGGCGAGGGCUUCAACUGGGGCUCCAACUCGUGGACGUGCAAGCGCCCCUCGAACGGCUGCGGCCGCGGCAAGUGGUACCACCAGCGCUCUGGCCAGUGCUGCGACGACUACAGCGGCGGCACGCCGCCGGCGCAGGAGUGCCCCGAGGGCAUCAGCUGCCCGACCGACUGGUGGUGGGACGGCAAGAAGUGCAAGCCGCGGUGCCCGACGACGCCGGCACCCGACUGCUCGGACUGGGACCACGGCCGGCAGUGCUGCGGCGGGCCCAAGCCUUCGGGCGGCGUCGACAACGGCAAGGGCCACGGUGGACGCGGCAAGGGCCACGGCCGCGGCAAGGGCGGGUGGGGCGGGCGCGGCGGAUGGGGCGGCAAGCACUUCCGUCGCGACCAAGCCCUUAUGAGCGGCAACGACCUCGACCACGCCACGUACUGCCCCGCACCUGGCCAGCUCGCGUGCUACACUACCGCCGCGCGCACGGGCUACGAGUGCAUCGACCCGCAGACCGAGCUCGAGUCGUGCGGCGGCUGCGCCGUCGGCGGCACCGGCGUCGACUGCACCUCGCUGCCCGGCGCCAAGGCCGUCGGGUGCGAGGCUGGCGAGUGCAAGAUCUACUCGUGUGCCUCUGGCCACGCGCUUGUCGACGGCAAGUGCCAGCUUGCCUAAGCUUCGGCUUUCACAAGCGCGAGUGAGCGAGCGUAAACGCGCUGCGCGCUGCAAAGCACUCCCUCCGGCCUUUGCCCACCCCCACCCCCAAGUCUCUUGUCUAGACUUCCGUUCGUGGACUAUAGAACUCUUUCUCCCCUCUUGUAUAAUCCCUGCAUCGGCGGGGCUACCCCACACACCUGUAGCAUCGCCUGCCCGACAGCCCCCCAGCCACGUAGUUGUGGUCUGGGGGCCGCCAUCUCUCGCAUUUGUUCCUCUCCGCAACUGGUUGGCGGAUCGAGUCGAAUAGAUCUCAUGGACCAUUGCAU